AUGGAAACAACCACCAGCAAGGUUGAAGUUGGCGAUAAAAGAAAGUUUGAAGGAUCCACAAGGUCCAACGAGAGGAGAAAAUUCUCAAAGUCUGGAGAAGGAGUAGAAUGGUGUGACAAGUGCAGAAGGAAGCACAUUGGGAGAUGCUGUAAAGAGAUGACCUGCUUCAAAUGUGGGAAGACUGGUCAUUAUGCCAGCGAAUGCACAACCAAGAGAGAAGUUUGCUUUAGGUAUGGUGAAGAAGGACACUACAAGCAAAACUACCCACGGAGAGAAGAAGUUGCAAAGCCAAAUGUGCCACCAAAAUCGAAGGCAACAGCAUUCCAUAUGAUCCUAGAUGAAGCAGCUGACAAUGCAAGGAAUCUGGAGUGA